AUGGCUGCUCGACUCCCUCUUGCGCGCCUCUCGGGCCAGCGCCUGACGACUUUGACCCGGGCCACUCGGGCUGUUAGCCGGUUGUCCGGUGUCCAGUGCCUUUCGACUGUCACCCGAUCAAACGCUUCGCCGAGGGCUUCCGGUCUCCUGCAGGCCUCCUCGGGUAUCAAUGUUUCGCGCAACCUCGCCCCCUUCGUGGGCUCCCAGAUCAGAACCUACGCCGAUUCAAUUGUCAAGGUUCCCCAAAUGGCCGAGUCGAUCACAGAGGGUACUUUGAAACAGUUUUCUAAGCAGGUUGGCGACUUUGUCGAGCGCGACGAGGAGAUUGCAACCAUUGAAACUGACAAGAUUGACGUGUCGGUGAACGCGCCGGAUUCGGGUACGAUCAAGGAGUUUCUUGUGAACGAGGAAGAUACCGUCACCGUUGGACAAGAUCUUGUCAAACUGGAGCUGGGAGGUGCCCCCGAGGGCGGCAAGAAGGAGGCCCCCGAGCAAUCCAAGGAGCCCGCUGCGGAGAAGCCCAAGGAGUCCGCUCCUGAGCCCGAGAAGCCCAAGGAGACCCAGGCCUCGAAGCCUGCGCCUGCGCCGGAGAAGCCCAAGGAGACCCCCAAGCCGGAGCCCACCAAGACCUCGGACUCGAAGCCUGCCGUUGGUGGCCGUGAGGAGCGUCGGGUCAAGAUGAACCGUAUGCGCCUGCGCAUUGCGGAGCGUCUGAAGCAGUCCCAGAACACUGCUGCCUCCCUCACCACCUUCAACGAGGUUGAUAUGUCCUCGCUGAUGGAGUUCCGCAAGCUCUACAAGGAUGAUGUGCUUAAAAAGACUGGUGUGAAGUUGGGUUUCAUGAGUGCCUUCUCGCGCGCAUGCGUCCUGGCCAUGAAGGAUGUCCCCGCAGUCAACGCUUCCAUCGAGGGCCCCAACGGUGGUGACACUAUCGUUUACCGCGACUACGUUGAUAUCAGUGUUGCCGUGGCCACUGAGAAGGGUCUGGUCACCCCCGUCGUCCGCAACACUGAGACUAUGGACCUUGUUGGUAUUGAGCAGUCGAUUGCCGACUUGGGCAAGAAGGCUCGCGACAACAAGCUAACCAUCGAGGAUAUGGCCGGUGGUACCUUCACCAUCAGUAACGGUGGUGUCUUUGGCUCCCUGAUGGGCACCCCGAUCAUCAACCUGCCCCAAACCGCUGUCUUGGGUCUUCACGCCAUCAAGGACAAGCCUGUUGCCGUGAACGGCAAGGUCGAAAUCCGCCCGAUGAUGUACCUCGCUCUCACUUACGACCACCGUCUCCUGGAUGGUCGCGAAGCUGUCACCUUCCUUGUCAAGGUCAAGGAAUACAUCGAGGACCCGCGCCGCAUGCUCCUCGGAUAA